AUGUCCUCUCCCGAGCCUGAACCCACACCCCGCAACAAUCGGCUUGCGCCGUUAAACACCCCUCGUGCCAUCGCGACUCCAAGGCGACGGGGUAUCAGCAUCGAGCCCGGCUCAGCAUACCUCUCAGCAUCAGCGCGCCGAAACUUCCAGGCGAAUACCCCACAUGCGCAAGCGGCUCGCCGCGAGAUCGACGAGAGGCGUCGGACUCUCUUCACGCCCGGUCGCUCCCACCGGCGAAGUCUGCGUGAUCAGCGGGAGACGCCACGCGACAUCCUUCGCAACCUGAGUAUUGCGUUGGGACCACGAACCGAGCGCAUCCGAUAUUCCUCAUCGAUCUCGAGCGUUGCGUCGCCAGAGGACACCACGCCGCGGCGGGACACAUUAGGCAGUCUGGCAGGCGCCUAUGACGAUGACGACGACGACUUCCCCAUCCAGCGACCACGGCUGUCGUUGCCCAUUGACAAUGAUGACGACGAUGAAGACGACGACGACUUCAAGGCGCGCAGGCCUCGGAUUAGUAUUCUCGAGGAGGAAGAGUAUACCUCUGCGUCAAUUGAAGCGCCACGGCGUGUGUCGCGGCUGGAUCAGAUGAGCCCGUUCGAUCCACGGCGAUACAGCGCCAUGUCCGGCCCAGAAGUGAUUCAAAGCCCGGCAGAAAACACCAUCGGCAUCGACUCGGCCUUUUUCCCGCCCGUGGGCGCUCUGGAUGACGACACGGGUAAUGUUGUCAUGGAUGAAGAGGAGAUCCAGCGCGAUGAUGAUGUGCGGCGACAGACACUUUUCGCUGCUCGCGAUAGCGACUUCCCCCCCAUCGAGAUCCCGGAUAUUGGCGCCGAAGAGACCACGUUCAUCAUGCAGCCACUGCAGUCGUCACCCGUCCGUGCCGGCGUGGAGGAAUCGGUAGCUGAUGUACAGGAUGACCAAGGACCAUAUGAUGACGAUAUACCCCUCGGCAUCGGGUCUGACUAUGGCGGCUACUCUUCAGAUGGCAACGAGCCAAUGCCGAUGCCAGACUAUGACGAUUAUGACCAACAGCAAGACAAUCAUGAUGAGAACGAGGAGCAGGAGGAAGAUCAGACGCGCCCGAUAGACGAAGAUCUGGGCGAGGUCGACAUUACGAGAACCACGAACUUUGACGAGACCAUAGCCACCGCGCGCGGCGAUGCUGAGCUGCUGGAUCGGUACAAGCGCGACACAGUGGCGCCGAUAGCAAGGCUCAAGCCGGGCAAAAAGACGAAAAAGAUAUCGAGGCAUGGCAUAGAAUACCCUUCGUUGCCGCAGGGCGUGGUGAAGAGGCUGGCGACGACCUUUGCAAAGAACGCGGGAAUUUCGAAGGCCAAGAUUACCGGCGACACGCUGGCGGCGAUUAUGCAGGCGAGCGACUGGUUCUUUGAGCAGCUCGGAGACGACCUGGCUGCAUAUGCCAAGCACGCAGGCCGCAAGACCAUUGAUGAGAGCGACAUGUUGACUCUGAUGCGCAGGCAUCUACCGCGUGAGCUCCUGCAAGAGAUUCGCAUGCCUGUGCCUGUACCAGUCAGGUCCUCUCGCAAGACCGCUGCGAAUCGUCGCGGAAACGACGACGAGGAAGUUACAUGA